AUGUUUGAAGAAGAGGAAUUGCAGUCAAAACGAAACAACAAUCUCAGGCAAUCAAAAUCCCUGAUUGGAUCUCUCUCUCUCUCUCUCUCUCUCUUCUUCUUCUUCUUCCUUUGUUUCUUCCAGAGUUUUCAGAGUUAUGGGCCUCGCCCAUGUCGCCGUUUCUUCUUCUUCACCGUACAUCAUCGCCGCUUUGUGACCGAUGAGCAGAUAGGUCCUAGAGUGCUUGAAUCAAAGGAAAUGGCUGCGAGAAGUAUUAUUCGCUCUUUUGGAUCCUUGACCGCUUUAGGACGCAACAGUUCACCAAAUUUCUCUGCAAAUGGUUUAUCUUCUCUUUCUAGUGAUCUAAAGUGUGGAAUGGCUUUGCUUUCCAACCGGAAGCUCUCCACUUCUAUUUUGACUCCAGACUCAAGUGGCGAUGCAUUUCCUUAUGACUUGCUUACCAAAAAGACUCUGAUUUCACCAGAACGAACCCUAGGACAAUAUCAAGACUUGGUUAUUCCGGUGACAAAUUUCCAGAACGAAGACAAGGGUUUCAUGGUGUUAGCAGGUGAUGUCUUUGAUGUUCCAAUAAGGAAAGAUAUUAUCCACAAUGUCGUGAGAUGGCAGCUUGCGAAACGCCAGCAGGGAACUCAUUCGACCAAAACACUAAGUGAGGUUAGUGGAACUGGUAGAAAGCCAUGGAACCAGAAGGGUACAGGUCGAGCUCGGCACGGUACACUGCGUGGCCCUCAGUUCCGAGGAGGAUGUGUAAUGCAUGGGCCCAAACCGAGAAGCCAUGCCAUAAAGAUGAACAAGCAGGUUCGACGGCUUGGGCUCAAGAUAGCACUGACAGCUCGAGCCGCAGAAGGAAAACUCCUGGUGUUCGAUGAUUUGUCAUUGCCAACGCAUAAAACGAAGAACAUCGUGAAUUAUUACAAUCAAAUGGACAACACAAAGAAAGUACUCAUCGUGGAAGGCGGUCCUAUCGAUGAAAAGCUCAAGUUAGCCACCCAAAAUCUCCACUAUGUCAACAUAAUUCCAUCAAUAGGGCUUAACGUUUACAGCAUUCUGCUCCACGACACGCUUGUCAUGUCCCGUGAUGCUUUGAAUAGGAUCGUUGAGCGUAUGCACACUCCUAUUAACCGUUAG